AGAACGGCGAAGGUCCAUGUACACGGUAAGCUCGCCUGCCGCAGAAUGAAUUGUUGACCCAUUCGGGGCCUAUGAGAGGUCUCGCCGAGCGCAUGCGCAAGGCUAAUGGGAUCCCACGUCGGUGAAUCCACUCAAUAGAAUUUUUCAUAAUGCAGCAGGAGAGUCAAACAACGCUGCUCGGGCGCCCAGCCACAGCGGCUUGAUCAGUCGGAAAUGAACCGCAGGUUUGGCAGUGUGGCACUCCGCUCCUUCGCUCUUUCAGCUGAUUGUUGACAUGGGCAGUGUUACAAAAGCAAUCUCUCUUCUGGAGAGCAAUCCAAUCACCAAAGAUGCUCUGGAGGAAACAAGACUCGGAAGGCUUGUCCAAAUUGUGCGUAAGAAGGCUACAACAAGUAAUCUCAAGAAACGAUGCACAGCUCUGAUAAAGCAAUGGCAGUCUCAGUUCCUUCCUCCAAGUGCAGUCAAGCCUUCAAGGACAGAGUCUCCUGUACCAAAUCAACAGGAGGCCAAAGGUCAGGAAGGGUCAUCGACCUCCGAUGGACAGAAACCAAAGCCUACAAAGCAGACAGUAAAUGCCACCCCUGUGGAUAAAAAUAAAAGUGAAAAUCUGCGAAGGAGAAAAAGACAGCCUGAAAACUCGCCGUCCAUUUCCCCUUCAUCACAGGCUCCCCCUUCUAAAAGGUUAAUAUCAUCUCAAGGGCAAUCUCCUCUAUUGCAAGGUGAGGGAAAUGGGCAAGAUGACUCUGGUCUCAAUGGAAUGUCUUCAAAGAAAGAACCUGGGAGAAAAAAUAUUAAAGAUUCAGUUAAAACUGCUUCUCCUAAGACCAGUGUUCCUUCACCUAAGCCUAAACUCAGCAUAAACAAAGACAAAGGUUCACUGAAGAAAUUAAAGUCGGAGAGGUCUGCCUCUCCCAAACCUAGCCCAAAGGAUUCAUCAUUAAAUUCAGUAUCUCCUUCACUGCAGCGCAAAUCAGAGAAACAUGUGAAACUGAAGGGAGCAUCACCUAGCGUUGUAAAGGUACAGUCUGACAAGCAGGGGAAAGUUUCACCAGCUCCUCGUUGUGUAGCCAUCGGAAAGAAGAGAAGUUCUUCCCAUGAACAAUCUCCUAGACCAGUGAAUGAUUCAUCUUCUUCCAGUUCACCAGCUGUUACAUCUGGACCUUCUCUGAAAUCCACAGGUAUUUUCUCAACAGACUGGGACUCUGCUGGUUUCUGCUUCGGGGAAAGUGGUGGGGAAUCGUCCCGGAGUGCAACACCCAAGGAUGUGUGCAACACCCCUAGUUCUUUGAAGCCUUCCUCAAUUUUUGAUUUAGAAUUUACUGAUCCUGUUUCAUCUCAAGUGUCAAACAGCAGCCUGUUUGACAGACCAAUAUCACCCGCAAGCUUUGUUGAGGAGCGACCUUUGACACCAAUAAUUGAUGCAUUUAGUGAAGAAUUUCCUGAGAGGACAGAGUAUAGUCAUCCUUCAUUUGACCCUCAGGAAGAGGAGGAUGAAGAUGAAAAGGAGGAGACAAUGGUUAAUGUGAUGGAAACCCUUGAAGAUGAACCUAUGAGUCCUCGGUGCCCUGUGCUUGAGGGUGAUAUAGAUCGCAUUCAUAAUGAGGAGUGGGAGGGGGUGAAUGGUUGUUACAACGAUAUAGGUGAAUGGUUCGACUGGAUGCAGUGCCUGACUGUAAAUACAGAUGAGGAAAAUUCUAUACAAAUUCUACCGUAUGUAUGUAUUGAUUAGCGAAAUAUGGAUGUUUAUUGUAAGUUAUUUUCAUAUGACUUGAGAGAGUGAACCUUUUUCCUAAUUUCCUACACACUAUUUCUCCAUUUUCUUGUUGUUUUUUCCAUGUCAGAUAUUUUCUUGGUGCAAAUACAAGGGAACUUAUGGAAGUGAUAGUGAAGUGUAUUUAUUCAUUGGAAAAUUGUAUUGGACAGGAGAUACAGACUUGAAUUGACAGUUACAGUUAUCAAAGUUUUAGAACCUAAAACAGCAAAUGUCCUUAAAUUUAACUUGAUUGAUAUAAGUUAUGCUCAGGUAGAAUACUUUCUGUAGGUUGAUAGAAUACAUCACUUUGCUAAAGAGUUAACAUUUGUAAAACAGGGUAAGAUUUUCUGUAUUUGGGGCUUUUUUUUUCUUUUUUUUUACCAGGAAUGAUCUAGACUGCCUCCUUCAUGUGAAGAACUACUUUGUUACAUUCAUUCAUUAAUAUACAAGGAGGGAAAUAAAUUGUCCCACUUUUAUAAAUGAAGUUUAAAAAGUGUUUACAUAGGUAUUAGAAAUUUACAUUGAUUUUAUACCAAAAGGUCUGAUCAGCAGCAGCAUCAAUCAUCGUCACCAUCAUUAUCAUCAUCAUCAUCAUUAUGACAUCAUCACCAUCAUCAAUCACCAUCAUCACCACCAUCAUCAUCACCAUCAUCUUCACCAUCUUCACCAUCAUCUUCACCAUCAUCAUCACCACCAUCAUCAUCAUCACCACCACCAUCAUCAUUUAUUAAUUGAUUUAAUUAUGAAAUUUGUCUGAGGUCACUUGCAAUACAGAGCUAUAGAGAAAUAAAGUGGUGAUAUCACAAUACCACCAUAUUUUAGAAAUAAGAUACAAUGUAUAUGUGCUUUAUUUUUGUCUUUACUGGGAUUUUUUUGUUGUUGUUGAUUUACUGCAGCUUUCUUCACAUCAAAUUAAAUAGAAAAUGGGAAAUUAUAAAGUGAGUUUUUUAAAAAAAGCCUGUACCAAUGAUAUGUGCCAAAGUUUGCUUUUGAUAUUACUCGAGACAAGUUCUUAAGCAGACAGAAUCUGCUAGUAGAGAAUAAUUUUUCCUUUAUUUUACACGUUAUAUGCAGGUCUACUUAUUGUACAACGGUAUUAACAAAUUCUAUAGAGUAUGAAUUCCUAUUGAAAUGUAAUGAUAAUAGAUGUACAUCAUGUGUAGAUCCAAGCUCAAUGUACUGUAUGUUAUUAAAUUGCAGUUUUAAAACCAUAUUUCAAACUUUUCUAGUGAUAGUAGGUAUGUUUCUAUGGUCAGCUCAGCCAUAUACAAUCUAUAGAAUGCAAUAUAAUGUACGUAUGAAGGUAAUCAAUUUCAUGACAUAUGACAUGUACACUGACAUUGAAUGAAUAGACAAAUGUUGUCUAUUAAGAAAGUUAUUGUAAAUUAAAGGCUAAAUUUCUAUUACACCACUACAUACAUACAUUUAAUUACAGGGGCAACGACGUAUUAAAGCGACCUGCCAUUGACAAAUCAUGGGGAAAUUGAAUCAAUACGAAAUUUGCAAAAGGCCAAUUGACUUGCAUAAUAUAAUCCGACCAUCAUGAGAGCCCAUCGGACUAAUGCGAUAAAAGUUCGGACAGCACAAAUUUUACCGAACUCAUGAUCGUUAUUUACUUCGGGUCGUCCCAGUUCCAGUUUCCAACAAUACCAAUUCCUAGACUCUUGGCAGGUCUCUUGAUUGCUAAACCAAAAUAAUAUCCUCUGUGAAGUUACAUGUAUCAAGUGAAAACAGGCAGUUUAAUUCUGGUUAGUUAGUCUACUAACUAUUGCUCUCCUAUAUUAGACCUCCCAGACAUGCCAGCGGAAUCCCUUCUCUGUCCUGAGGUAGGCCUUGAUUUCCCCAUGAUUUGUCAGUGGAAGGUAGCUUUAAGAGAUGAUGUAUGCUGGUAACAUGUAUUUAUAAGGAUGGUUCAUAUUAAACUUGGAUGUUUUAAAAAGGUUGAAAAGCAAAUACUGUAUUUUUUUUAUUUUAUAAAAUGAAUUGAGUUGAACAUGUGACACAAGGAUAUGCAUAAAUAUUUAUCUUAGUUCUGAUUAUAUCGUACAAUGUGUAUCCCCCUAUUAACUGCUCUGGCUUGUUGGCAUUAUUUAUUUUUGUAAAAAGAAAAGACUUUGUGCUUGACUUUGAAAAGUAUUUUGUUAGUCUGUAUGAUAGUCUGUUGGACAGAAGAGGUAUUUUUGUACUACAUGUAUUGUGUGUGCAUAAUUUUUUCAAAGUGUGUAUUACAUCAGCAAAAACUAACACGGUAUAGACCUGUAUUAGGUACUACACGGUGUAAAAGAAAUAGGAUCAUAAGCUUGAGUAUUGAUAACUUGACAUUGGCAAGGAAAAUGUGGUUACAACUUGCUGAUGAAGGUGAAAUUAUUGUUGGUUUCAAAGUUUGAUCCAUAAUGGCACACACUUUCCCUAUAAACACAGUUCAGUUUAAUGUUCUCCCAUUGCCUACAAGUGAAAUAUGCAGAAAUGCAUACAUGUAAAUGCAGUUCUUUCUACAUUAAAUUUAUUUUAAAAGACUGCAAAGCAAGGCAUACUGGAAAAAAAUAGUUCGCAGGCUAUGUAAUUUCUGAGAAUAUUGAGAAUAUAUGCAAAUGAGUUUUAUCAAUUCUGUUUCGUUUUUUUUUUUUCAAAGAGAGUAAUUACAUGUACACCGACAGAUAAUAUGGGAAAUCUGUCCUUUAAUAGUACCCAAUAAGUCAGAAAUACACUCCCCAUGUAUUAUGUAUAUUGGGCUUCACCUUAAAAAUUUGUCACAAAUACUGUAAUCCAGUGAUACGAUAAUUUGUCAUUGAAAAAAAUCUAAGUUGUCCAAGUGUUACAGUUGCACUUCAAGUCCAAGACUCUAUCAUAGAUUUGACCAAUCAACUUGCUUUAUGAUGUUUUCAAAGGGAUAUUGUGAAUACCUUCGGGAUGACUAAUUGCAGGACUUUUUGUGACAAUCCUGGCUUCCAUAUUUAAUGAAGUUGAUCUGAAUCAUUUGAUUUUAACUGUUAUCUUUACAUGUACUGGUACUUGGAAGGGAAAAUUGAGUCAAGAGUUUGUUUUACAUAUAUUGAAUUGAUAAUGCCAAAUAUCUAAAAUUCCUAAGUAAAAUACAUUCCUCUUGAUGUGACAUCAAUGCAUUAGAGAUUUAGUGGUAGAGGAAAUUAGUUUUAAUAUUUAGAAUAAUUGAAUUAUCUAUUAGCAAAACAAUAUGUAAUAUAACACACUUCAUUUUGUUUGCAUUGGUUUAUACUCUAAGGAUAAUUUUUUGGUCACAUUUAGAAAAAAGAAACUUUUAGAAAUUGAAAUGUCUGGCUUCAUGAAUAUUAUUUCAUGAAGUGUAUUUAAAAGUUAAAUAAAACUCAUUCGAUCAAGAUAGAGUCUAUUGACUUUAUCAAACAAUAUUUUCAAAAAUAAGUAUGUUCUAAUGUCAUGAAUGAGAAAAGUUUAUUUUUAAGGAAGAAAUAUACAAGUAUGUAGAUGCAUAUGAAGUUAAAAACAAAAAGAAGAUAGCUCUUUGAAUGCUAUUUUUUUUUUUUUUAAUUAAUUACCCAAGUUUGUGGUUGUAUCUCAUAGAGGCUAAUGUAAAGAUGUUUUGGAAAGAAGUCAAAGUAAAGGUCUUGUUAAGCACCGUCAUCAUACCUUAAUGAUAAUAAUUAUUUAAGAAAUUAUGCAUAUUCUUGUUAAUGUUUACCUUAAAACCACCUCAUCUUUAAUAUUGAACAAUGAAAAUAUGUUGUCUUCAACAGUUUGAUACAUUGAUUGAACUAUUAUUUUAUAAAGAAAUCAAACGACAAUGACAAGACUUAUAAAUUUAGAAACAUCUUCAAGGAAUAUAUGGAUAUUAAUGUUCCCCUUGAGUAUAAGCAAUAUGUAUUUUGUUUGUGCCUUCUUUAGAUAAAUCAUCCUUAUAUUAUAAAAACAAAAAGAGGAUUGCCACGAUUGUAACUAAUUGAAAUUGAUUAUGUGAUUUUUUACGAUUAAUUUUUAGAAUGGAA